AAGCAGAGAAAGCUCAUGGAAAGAUACAACCCACAGAUGACUAGUUAUUAUGAGAAGAAAAUCUGGAAGACAGGUAGAUCCAUAUCUCAUUGUUCUGUUUUCAAUUUGCAGCGUGAAUGCAUAUCCAUCCACGUUGGUCAGGCUGGUGUACAGAUUGGCAAUGCAUGUUGGGAAUUGUAUUGUCUUGAACAUGGAAUCCAACCUGAUGGUCAAAUGCCAAGUGAUAAAACUGUGGGACAUGGAGACGAUUCAUUUAACACUUUCUUCAGUGAGACAGGAGCUGGUAAACACGUUCCCAGGGCAGUGUUUGUGGACCUUGAGCCAACUGUUGUUGAUGAAGUACGUACGGGCACAUACAGGCAGUUAUUCCAUCCUGAGCAGCUCAUUACUGGGAAGGAAGAUGCAGCCAAUAAUUAUGCCAGAGGCCAUUAUACCAUUGGAAAAGAGAUUGUUGAUCUAGUGCUAGACCGCAUUCGCAAACUGGCUGAUCUGUGCACAGGGCUGCAAGGUUUCCUUAUCUUUCAUAGUUUUGGAGGAGGCACUGGUUCAGGAUUUGCAUCUCUGCUCAUGGAAAGGCUCUCUGUUGACUACGGCAAAAAGUCUAAACUAGAAUUUGCGAUUUAUCCAGCACCACAGGUUUCCACUGCUGUAGUGGAACCCUACAACUCAAUUCUAACUACCCAUACAACAUUAGAGCAUUCAGACUGUGCCUUUAUGGUAGACAAUGAAGCCAUUUAUGAUAUAUGUCGUCGUAACCUUGACAUUGAACGUCCUACUUACACUAAUUUAAACCGAUUAAUUGGGCAAAUUGUUUCAUCCAUCACUGCUUCACUGCGUUUUGAUGGAGCCCUCAAUGUAGAUCUGACAGAAUUUCAAACUAACCUUGUUCCAUACCCACGAAUCCAUUUCCCCCUGGUAACAUAUGCCCCUGUCAUCUCUGCUGAAAAAGCCUAUCAUGAGCAGUUAUCUGUGGCCGAAAUCACUAACGCUUGUUUUGAGCCAGCCAACCAGAUGGUAAAAUGUGACCCUCGCCAUGGCAAAUAUAUGGCCUGCUGCAUGUUAUACAGAGGUGAUGUUGUUCCCAAAGAUGUCAAUGCAGCUAUUGCUACUAUCAAGACUAGACGUACCAUUCAGUUUGUGGAUUGGUGCCCUACUGGAUUCAAGGUGGGCAUUAACUACCAGCCUCCAACUGUGGUACCAGGUGGUGACCUUGCAAAGGUGCAGCGGGCUGUGUGUAUGUUGAGUAACACAACUGCUAUUGCUGAAGCAUGGGCUCGCCUCGACCACAAAUUUGAUCUCAUGUAUGCCAAGCGUGCCUUUGUGCAUUGGUAUGUUGGGGAAGGAAUGGAGGAAGGAGAAUUUUCUGAAGCCCGGGAAGAUCUGGCUGCCCUUGAGAAAGAUUACGAAGAAGUCGGCAUAGACUCAGUAGAAGCAGAGGCUGAAGAAGGAGAUGAUUACUUGGACAAAAUUUUACAGGGUUCUAAAAAACGAACCGUUGUACCAAAAAGUACCUUUGGUUUUGGUUCAGAAGACGGAACGGCCCCAGAGGGCACCGGCCCGACGCGUGAGGCACAGCCUCCUCCGUCCCAUGCUACUCGGCACCGAGCUCUUGUAACCGCAUCACACCCCUCACCAGGUCGCUCCCCGCGCCUGACGCUGCGAUCCUAG